AUGGCGUCCACCACCAACAACAAGAAGAUCACCCUCUACCUCAACGUGGUCUGCCCCUACGCCCAGCGUGCCUGGCAGACUGCGGUGGAGAAGGGACUCGAAUUCGAGGCCAUCUCCGUUCCCUUGCGCGGCGACAAGCCCGAUUGGUACUGGAAGGUGAACCCUCGCGGAACGGUCCCGACUCUCGUGCACGGCGAGCGCACCAUCCAUGAAUCGCUGCUCAUCUCAGAGUACCUUGACGACGCCUUCCCGGAGGCGGGCCCUCGCCUGCUGCCCAGCGAUCCCUACCAGCGCUACGCCUCGCGCUUCGUCAUUGACCAGUUUGGGUCGCAGGUUACUCCUGCCGUCUUCCAGCUCAUCAAGAACCAAGACCGCGCUCAAGACGACAAGCUCAAGGAGGAGCUCACCAAGAAGGUGGAGGCCUUUGCCGAGCUCUACGCCGCAGAGUCCAGCAGCAAGGAUGGCCCUUACUUCCUCGGCGAGUCGUUCUCUUUGGUGGACCUGGCCAUCGUGCCGUUCAUCUACCGCUUCGCCAUCGGGUUGUCGCACUACCGCGGCUUUGACCUCUUGGCUGUCGACGAGAAGCUCAAGCGCUGGCACGACGCCGUCACCCAGAGGCCGUCGUGGAAGACCACCACCGUCACCCCAGAAGCACUUAUUGAGUCCAUGGCCUUCUACGCCAACCCACCCCAGCAUAGACCCCGACGAAGAGCCAGACGCCAAUGGUGGCCCGCUCGCUCUGCCGGAGCGCCCAGCGCGUGA